AUGACGAACGAUAGGAUUUUCGAAGCUGCUAAGCAAGGAGAUCUGACUUACUUACAAUCUCUGAGUUCAAGUUUUAAUGAGAACACCUGUGAUGAAAACGGAGCCAAUUGUUUACAUUAUGCUGCAAGAGGAGGGCGACUUGACGUGGUUGAAUAUUUAAUUAAGAAACGAUACUUCAGUGCAAAGAAAAGAACAAGAGUUGGGGCGACUGCCGCUCACGAUGCCUCUGCAACAGGUAAAACGGCUGUACUGCAAUGGUUAUUAAAACACACCGACUGUGUUGUCAAUGACCAGGAUGGCACAGGUGCAACUGUCACCCACCUGGCGGCCAGGUAUGGUCAUGGGAGACUCAUUGAAUGGCUCAUGGACGAAACUGAUGCUGAUGUAAUGAUGAAAUCUGCAAGUGGAGCUCUACCCAUACAUUUCGCUGUGACAGGAGGCAACCUAGAUGCAGUAGAUAUAAUUGUCAAGGAAACGCCCAGAACAGUCAACUUGCAGAUGAUCAAUGGUGUGACACCAGUGUACCUUGCUUGUCAGGGGGGACAACUUGACAUCCUUAAACUUCUGGUGCAAAAAGGAGGUUCUAUAAAAAUGAAGGCAUUUGAUGGCAUGUCCUGUCUGCAUGCAGCUGCACAACUUGGAAGGAUUGACUGCAUCAAGUGGCUGGUAGAGGAUCAGAAACACAACCCUAAUGAUAGAGAUUUUGAUGGUGCAACCCCCCUCCAUUUUGCUGCAAGCAGAGGUCAUCACAAGACAAUUGAUUGGCUUAUGAAGGAAGGUGGUGCCAAGAUCACACUGGAUAACCUUGGAGGGAGUCCACUACACAAUGCUGCAGAACUGGGCCAAUUACAGUGUGUACAAACCCUACUGGCCAAUGGUUGUAGUGCUGAUAUCACAGACAACAGUGGACUGACAGCUGCAGACCUCGCUGACAAGUGCUAUCACACUGAAUGUGCUAAGGAGAUAAAGGUUCAGAUUCAUGAGAAUGUGGCUGGUGAUGUAGAGUUACAGCAAUUUAACACAUCUCCAUCACAUUUACCACUGCCCUCAAAUAGCCCAAAUGAUUCUGUGACCUUGAGAUUAGGACUCCCUGAUUCUGAUUUCUCUGGGGUAGCCAGAAACACAGCCACACACAGGAAGACAGAAUCCCUCGAGGUUUUCUUUGAUGCUGAGAGUGAAAAUGACUUUGUGUCCUCAAUAGAUACCUCUCACCACCCUGACAUACGAUUCCAGUCACAGGAGACUGGUGAAUGUGAGUCAAGUGUUUGCUUGUCAGAGAAAUCAGAAGAGUCCAGCGAGUGUGAAUCUUUAUUGCAUCAUCAACUUUUGCAGCCUGAUCUUGAGUUGUCUCCUCCUCAGGAUUUCCCUUCCAGGGAAGGACUGUGUCAAAGGUCAGAUAGUGAGGUUUCCUUGGUGUCGUCUCGUCGUCGAUCACCUAGUGAAUAUUCGUGGGACUCCCUUCAACAAAGGAUAAACAGUGAACUAUUGUCAUCUAUACAACGUCAUUCAGCUACUGAUGCAUUGUCCAUUGAGAGUUCUUUAAGUUCUGUAUCCCAGUCAGCAUCGCAGCGUGAGGAUUCUGUAAUUUCUGUGUCAGGGUCGUCGCUACGACCUCCAUCGGUGGUUAGCUUUGCUAUAAGUCAUCAAGAAGAACUCUUUAAAGCCAUCAGAGCCAGAAGGAUGGAAACAGAAGUGACUGUAUCUGUUGAUAAUCUUGUUAUCAAGGAGAAGACAAUGAAUGGAGACUCAAAUGGAACAAAGGAGAGUUCUGAAUCGAAUCCUCUAUCAGACAGUGGUUUGGAGAGUGGGGCUGGGUCAGUAUUACCUAUGGAAACACCAUCUACAGGAACACCAGUAUGUGUUACCACAGCUGCCACCAACACACCACCCCUACCUCCUCCUCCCCCUCCCCCUCCAUUACCAGCUUUAGCUCCACCCCCACUUAACCAUGGUCACCUCAAUGGGAUCCUUCAGCAGUUUGAAAGACCAAAUAGUCUGUCAAUGGAAAAGUCUGCAGAGUCCUCAAACGUGUCUAGUCCACCCAGCUCAGUGAGCAGUCCCAUGAUUUCUGAACCAGUCAAGCAUGACCUCAUAGCUGAGCUCAAGAUAGCUGCAGCCAGUGGGAACUCUAACCUACGGAAAACCCGUAAACCCAGAGAGGAAGGUCACAUGACCUGUAUAUAUUCAUUCGGAUCAACGGAAAAAGUGAACAGUCAAAUUUCCAAUGGACCAAAAGCUCACAGUCAGUCAAAUGACAUAUCAAGAGGUCAGGUGACCAGAAAUGGACAACAAGAGACUAACAAAGUGACCAAUGUGUCAUUGCCAAAUGGUCAAGCUGAAUCUAAGAAGCCAGAGUCCAACCCUGAUAAAUCCAUGGUGAUAAUUGAAGCAACAACAUCAAAAACUACCCCUCCCCCUCAAACUCCAUCAAAAGGAAAUACUCCUUCAAAGACAUCAAAUGGAGUCAGUAAUUCAAACACAUCAAAUGGUACUACAAAUCAGGAAGCAAAUAAAGUGGUGGAUACCUCAAUCGGGACAGACCCAUUCGAUCCCAAGAACUUUCUGGACAAAGUGGACCAGACAGUCCCAGACUGGAGGAAACACAUGCUGGCCAGAAAGAUGGCUGAAGCUGCCAAAAAGCAAGCAGAGGAGCAGAAGAAGAUUGAAGAGGAGGAAAAUAAGUACAAGCACCUGCCAGCAUGGAAGCGUCAGUUAAUGGAGAAGAGGGAGGCUGAAGCAAAGGCUGAAGAGGCUAGGAAGCAAGAGCAACAGGCAGGCCAGGCCAAGAACCCAACAAAGUUGGUCAUCAACACUCAUCCAGUUGGUAACCUGGCGCCAUGGCAACUGGAAAUGAAGACAAGAAAAAUGUAACAAAUCUGUUUUAUCCAGAAGCAGCAGACAUAAUGGUUAAUAUAAGGAAAGUUGAGCUUGUUUUUCAGUACAAAAGUGACUCUGUUACCCCAACUGUAUUCAAAGUAUUGAAUCUGGAAGAAUAAUCCAGAUGAUGAUCAUCCAAGCUUCCAUAUAACUUUGUUCU